UUUUAAGCUGUUCUGACUUUGAAGAAAAUAGUGUUUAUAUGGAUUCUAUAUUAAUUCAAUUUUUGCAGUGUAUGAAGUCUUUUUCAGUAAUUUUGUUAUGAGACAUAUACUAUUCUAUGUGUAGAUAAUACUAAGAUGGAGAACUUAGCAUGCAUUACUCGAUUUUUUUAUAACAAUGGUUAAUAUUUGAUUAUGUACCACAAAUUGAUUAUCUAAACCCUUUUUAAUGUGUUGACCCAGAAAACUCUUAACUCAAAACUUUAUUUGUAACAAAUCAAAUAUUCUUAUAUUAAAGAAAGCAGGCUUUGUUCUUCAUGUUCUGAAUCCUAAUAUAUAAGCCUACUAGAUCAGACUUUGUACCAAAUUCAUAAAUCAUUAAGGUCCAUUGACUCUCUAUUGGCUUAAUUACAUUGAAUUUAUGGUUAAGUGGCCUUCAUGUUUACACAGAAAUAAAAAGUGGUAAUAACUAAUGGAGACCACGUCGUCCCUGCAACAUGGUACCAACCAAAUCACAAUGUCAGUUACAUUCCAUCUCCAUCACAAAGUCUUCUUUGGUCUUUAAAACCCUUGACUGGUUCCUAAACACAGCUCAUAAUAACUCUGUUUAGUAUCAAAACAUUCGUUUUCAGACAGCUCUUAAAGGUCUCUUUAAAUCAUGUAACCACCAUUUUUGGUCCUUUCUAUCAAAAGAAACUUGCAAAUUUCCUCUGAUUUCUCCAUUUUGUCGCCAUGAACGAUCUAAUCUCAAGCUCGUUCAAGAGAUACACAGACCUAAACCACCAAGUCCAGCUCGACGACAUCGAGUCUCAAAACGCUACUCUCGACUCAGGCAACCUCGAUGAGUUCUUCGGAUACGUCGAGAGCGUUAAAGAAGACAUGAAAGCUGUCGACGAGAUUCAUAAGCGUCUACAAGAUGCUAACGAAGAGUCCAAGACCGUACACGACUCCAAGGCCGUCAAGAAGCUCCGCGCUCGCAUGGACACGAGCGUUACAGAGGUCUUGAAACGUGUCAAGAUGAUAAAGACGAAGCUCGUGGCCUUGGAGAAAUCGAAUGCUGCUCAGAGGAAAGUCCCUGGUUGUGGACCUGGCUCCUCUGCUGAUCGGACGAGAACAUCGGUCGUGAGUGGGUUAGGGAAGAAGCUUAAAGACAUGAUGGAUGAUUUUCAGAGACUACGUACCAAAAUGGCUAGUGAAUACAAAGAAACAGUAGAGAGAAGGUACUUCACUGUAACGGGCCAAAAAGCAGACGAAGAGACGAUAGAGAAGCUGAUAUCAAGCGGAGAGAGCGAACGUUUCCUCCAAAAGGCCAUACAAGAGCAAGGCCGUGGACAGAUCAUGGACACAUUAUCAGAGAUUCAAGAAAGGCACGACGCGGUUAAAGACAUAGAGCGGAGUUUGCUGGAGCUGCACCAGAUAUUCCUGGACAUGGCAGCUCUUGUUGAAGCUCAAGGGAGUAUACUCAACGACAUCGAGUCUAACGUUUCAAAGGCAAGCUCUUUCGUCAUGAGAGGGUCUGAGCAGUUGCAGGGAGCUAAAGUGCUUCAGAGGAACUCGAGGAAGUGGACUUGUAUCGCCAUCAUACUCGCUAUUGUUCUUGUCAUUGUGAUUCUCUUCCCUAUCCUCUACACAAGUUUGCUUAAACCUUGAUUUUGAAAUAAACAUUUUGCUUUCUACCGUUAUUGUUUUGUAUUUUAGAAACAUUUGGGAUACAAAAAUCUAUUGAGUGUAAGACAAGCAAUGUAUAAUUUUUGAGUUUCAUUACAUCUCAUGAACACUGCUUACUUCUGUAUU